AUGCUUUCUCUGAAUAAGCUGAUAGUGGGUUCUUGGAGAACAAGUCGCCAUUUAACGAAUGCGACACAGAAAUCGCUUUCUGGGAUUUUGGCUCGUUCUUACAUGGCUGGACGAAAUUGGGUCGCUGCUCAAGGUCUCCAAAUGAAGAACAACGCGGCAGAACUCCCUUCCUCAGCUCCAUUCAUUUAUCCUACGCGGAAAGGACGAUGUGGCGUAAUCGUGUUUCAUCCAACCUCGAACGUGCAGGGCGUGAACGAGAGUGCGUGCAAGCAAUUGGAGGACAAUCUCUUGCUGCAUGAAGCAAACGAGAAGCUUGGCACGCUCGUUCUUCUCUGCACCGAAAACGCCACGCUUCACGGAACGGACUACAAGGGCUGCUUCGGCAACGCCAAAGACUCCGUAACGAACCAGCGCCUUCUGACGCUGAAGCGGAGAGAAUAUGCGACCAUCAACCAAGUUCACAUCUCCGCGCUCCCCGUCCUGGCCAUCAUGAACGGCACCUUUUUCACCAGCGCCGCGUCGCUCUUCCUGAACGCGCGCUUCCCCAUCAUCACGGAAUCGACCUCGCUCCGCUUCCACAGCGCGCAGCUGGGCUUCUUCCCCGACGCCGGCGCCACCAAGCUGCUGAGCUCUCUGGGCGGGCUGGGGAUGUACCUGGGCCUCUCGGGCGCGGAGCUGUCGGGACACAGCCUGGUCCACUUCGGUCUGAGCCCGUGGUUCAUCGAGGCCGAAGCGCUGGAAGCCUUCAUCAACGACAUGAGCCAGAACGCCUCGCGCAAUCUCGAGACGCUCCAGGAGCGUCUGGCGCAGAACGCGAUGCCGCUGCAGCCGCUGGAGAACGAGGCGAUGGAUCGCUACAGCGAGGCGACGCGGCUCUUCAACCCCUGCUUCUACCAGGACCAGUCGCCUCUCGACCUGCUCAAGCGACUCGAAACGGACGGAUCGGAGUUCGCGCAGACCGCGCUACGCGAGCUCACCGCGGGGACUUCGGCGUUCUCGAUGAUGGUGGGGGCGCGAGAGGGCGGUGAAGGGUAG